AGUGUAAAGCUGCAUACAGCCCGUAAUGUUGUACAAACAUUGUCCUAUUUGACAUCAUUACAGAUAUUUGCUAAAAUGUGUUUAAAUGUAUUCACACAAGAAAUAGUGUUACGUGAAAUAUUUUUAAUACUUUAAGGAAGUAAUAAUUACUUCAAAAUGGCGUUCCCAGACAUAAUGAUCCGGCAAGGAAGUAUAGACGAUAUCAAUGCCCAACAAUUUCUCAAGAUAUCUAAUUAUGAGGACACAGUCAGACAACUCGAUAUUUACUAUGCAAUAGUAAAAAGGCAAUUGCUUAGAUUCCAAAGUCCCAUAACUGGGUUAUUUCCAGUUCUAUCAUCUGAUCUGCAUGUAGCAAGUGUAAGAGAUAGUAUUUACUGUGCAGCUGCUGUAUGGGGUCUUUACCAGGCCUACAGGCGCAUUGAUGAUGACCGUGGUAAAUCACAUGAAUUGGGACAGAGUACUGUCAAGUGUAUGCGUGGCAUCUUAGAAUGCUGGAUAAAGCAAUCGGCUCGGGUGGAAGCUUUUAAGACUAGGCAGAGUGCGGCACAUGCACUACAUGUCAAAUUUCAUCUCACCACGGGAGAACCUGUGCUAUCAGAUGAAGAGUACCACCACCUACAAAUAGAUGUUGUCUCUCUAUACCUUCUUUUUCUUGUGCAAAUGAUAACAGCUGGACUGCAAAUUAUAUAUACACAGGAUGAAGUAGCAUUUGUACAGAAUUUAGUUUAUUAUGUAGAAAGAGCGUACAGAACUCCAGAUUUUGGCAUGUGGGAACGAGGUUCUAAAUAUAAUGACGGCAAACCAGAAAUUCAUGCAUCCUCCAUAGGAAUGGCUAAAGCUGCUCUGGAAGCAAUAAAUGGCUGCAACCUGUUUGGUGAUAAGGGUGCCUCGUGGAGUGUUGUCUAUGUAGACAUUGACGCACACAACCGAAACAGAAGCAUUUUUGAGACAAUGCUCCCACGAGAAUCUAGUUCUAAGGGUGUUGAUGCAGCAUUACUACCAACUAUAUCAUUCCCUGCAUUUGCUACACAUGAAGAACUUUUAGUUCAGUUGACAAAAAAUAAUAUUCUUUCAAGAUUACAAGGGAGAUAUGGUUUCAAACGUUUCAGCCGAGAUGGUUAUAAAUGUGCAUUGGAAGAUCCAAACAGGAGGUACUACCAUGAAGGAGAGUUGAAGGAGUUCGAAGGGAUAGAAUCGGAAUGGCCACUUUUUUAUGUUAUGAUGAUAAUUGAUGGUGUAUUUAGAACAUUACCUGAACAAGUUGAGGAAUACCAAAAGUUGUUGAAGUCACGGAUUUAUAUGGAUGAAUAUGGAGAUCCUGUAAUUCCUUGGUACUAUUAUGUUCCACGUGAAGGUAUUGAGAAUGAGCGCAGUGAGCCAUACUCCGUUCGAAGGAUGCCAGCUAACCAAGCGGACGAUAGUGUAAAUAAAGACAUAGGUGGUUUAUUCCUGUGGGCGCAGUCGUUAUUCGUGCUGGCGCAGUUGUUAACCGGCGGCUUGUUGCACGUUAACGAGUUGGAUCCCAUACGAAGAUAUCUUCCCUCUUACAAUCGUCCGAGAAGAGCUGGCCGGUACUCCGCUUUUCAGGGCACGGCGACAGAUCUGGUGGUGCAAGUGGUUCUGAUCGCGGAGUCAAUGCGUCUGCAGGCCAUGAUGGGCACCUACGGCAUACAGACGCAGACCCCGCACGAGGUCGAGCCCGUACAGGUGUGCAGUUCCACACAGUUGGUUCACGUGUACAGAGAACUCGGCGUAUGCCCAAAGCUGAAGCUUACCGGACGUCCGAUACGACCUGUCGGAUCUUUGGGAACCAGUAAGAUUUACAGAGUGUGUGGAAUGACGGUACUCUGUUAUCCGUUGAUAUUCGAAGUGUCUGAAUUCUAUCUAUACAGAGACAUGGCGUUGUUGAUAGACGAUAUAAAGACUGAAUUGCAGUUCGUUGGCAAAUACUGGCGGCUGUCGGGACGGCCGACAGUGUGCCUGUUGGUGCGCGAGGAGCACAUGCGAGACCCGCACUUCAAGCAGAUGCUAGACCUCUUCGCGAUGCUCAAGAAGGGUCACUGCGAUGGCGUCAAAGUGCGUCUAGGUCGUCUGCAGAACCUCAUCUCCAGUUCCUGUAUAGAACACUUGGACUUCAUGAGUCAGGGCGAGUUUCCUUCGGAGAUGUUCAGCCAGUUCCGUCAGCUGGAGCACGAGUACAUCGGCUACCAAUCGCUGACGGAUGUACCGCGCACUCUCACCUACAGAGAGGAGGACCUCAACUGUGAGGAGUACAAGCACAAGCCCACGCACGACGUGGUGCACGCGCUUCGCUCCACUAAUAACAUCUUCGCGCAGUGUCAGCUCUGGGGCAUACUGCUGGAGAGAGAGGGACCCAUGUAUGAGGUGAACGGCAAGACAGCGCUGGAGUCGCUGAAGGGACUGUAUCACAGCGCGGGCGUGCUGCGACACUGGCGCGCUGUGCGGUACUGCUCCUCCCUUCUCAACCACACAGUAGAUUCCAUCAGCCCCUUCAUCACCACGGUGCUCGUCAACGGAAAACAGUUGACGGUGGGUGUGAUCGGACGCAAGGAGACGGUGUUUGACAAGCCGAUGACACCCGGCGAGAUACAGUCCGUCAUGUACUCCACCAUACAGCCCUACGACGUCAUCGGCGCAGUGCUGCAGCAGGAGAUAGUGUUGUACUGCGGACGUCUGAUCGGUACGAACCCGGACAUGUUCCGGGGCAUCCUGAAGAUCCGCGUGGGUUGGGUGCUGGAGGCAAUCCGCACCUACCUCCGCCUCAGCCCGCGGGAGGGGCGCGCCGAAGCCCCCCUCGAGAGCCUCUCCCCUUACCGCCUCCGCACUCUGCUGCAUAAAGUGCUCACCGUCUCUGACUGGGCGGAUGAACAGGGGUUGACUCCCCUGCAGCGUCGUGAACUGGAAGGUUGUCUGUGUCGUGUACCUAAACAUUUCUACAUACAAGUAUGGGAUAUACUUUUACGCACGCCCAAAGGAAUUAUUGUUCAGGGUCACGCGAUCCCGGCACAGCCGACGCUGGUGAACAUGUCGAGGUCGGAGCUGUCGUUCGCGCUGCUGGUGGAGGCGGCGCUGGUCCGCGUGGAGUCUGCGCCGCGCCGGCAGCUGUGUGUGGAGCUGCUCUGUGUGCUGGCCACCAUCCUGCGCCGCAACCCCGAGCUCUACCUGCAGCAGCCGCUCGACCUCGACCAACUGCUCGACGACGCGCACUACACAUACGCCAAGGACAGUGGUAUGUCUGAGAGUGAGGCGCGAGGGCGAGGUGGUCUGAGUGCGGCGGCGCCGGCUGUGACGCUGGGCUACCUGGCGCGUGCUGUCGUCAACAGCGUGCUGCAGGCAGCAGCCGCUCCACAUCUGCAGCCGGCACCAGAUGACUCCUGUCUUGUCUCUUAGAUACCUAUCACGUGUUACCGUUGGGCCGAUCGCCUUACACGGUCAAACGGCUCAACGGGAAUUUUCCCGAUCAUCACAUCUCUAAUACAGAGUAAGCUCGAACCGAGGUUACGAUGUUUAAAUUACGUUAGAUAUUUUUAAACCAUCUUCUGUAAGUAUGUGAAGGCCGUAAAAGACAUUUCAGACUGUGAAAUAUUCUUUAGAAUCCUAAUAACACGCUUUGUAAUUGAAAAAAAAUCAACUUUUAAAUCUACAGAAGUCUAGGCAAGUUUGGAAUCAUGAUCCUUGUAAUACAAAUUGAUUUCAUACAUACUUAUUGGUU